GCUUUAUAAUUUUCCUGCCAGAAUGGAAAAGUAUUUCCAAAUUGGAGGAAAAUAUUUACAAACGUCGUUCCAUGGUCGUUUUGGGUAUGGCCCAUGAAUAUCGUCAUGGUUAUCAGCAUAUUAUAGCAAAAAAUGAUGUCAAUGUCAAAUGUAUGCAGGGCACACAAGUGGUAUGGCUACAAAACAGUGCCGGUCAUGCACGUUGGGGACCUAAUGAAAAUCGUGUUGAGGCUUUACGUGAAGCAUUCCGACCACAAAGAGAUCGUGAGCGUGAACGUGAAAGACAAGCAGCAGCGGCUGCUUCUUCAUCUGGCUCUUCGAGUGCCUCGUCGCAGCCCUCGACAUCUUCACAGGCCUCAGCAAACUCUUCAAAUAUGAGCCACUCUACAUCAACAACAAUAUCAGCCACAACAAGUGGUGGUUCUACGCCUCAACAUCAACAAAUCUACACUACUAGCAAUAACACCACCAUGGGCUUUACACCCUCACCUUCGACCAUAACAACUACAUCGACCACACCCACUUGUCUGGCCUCUCCCUCAGGUGCUUCGACCUCUAGUGGUAUAUCAUCGAUAAGUUCUUAUGGUGGUGGUAAUCCUGGUAUGUCACCUUCUCCUUUAUCACCUCAUACACCACCAUCUAAUUAUCAUGCUUCAGCUUCACCAGCUCUAAGUCUACAAAGUGAUUGUUCUUCACCCUCCUCUUCAACAACUUCACUAUCGCCCGCACCCCUUUUGGAGAUGGCUGCUGGUAACAAUACAACAGCGACAAAUGUUUCCAUAACAGCAACGGCCACAACAUCGGGUACUUCAGCAGCAGCUGCCGCAGCAUUUGCUUCUCUGGUAGCGAGUGGUAAUGCUGGUGUUAAUAAUACUACUACAACAGCACCCGGUGCUAUAACUACUACAGCUCAACAAACUGUUAUCAAUUCAGCGGUUUAAAGUAAGUGUUACAAUGUCUCUCCCAAAAAGAAAAACUAAAAAAACAAUGAAAACACAAUAUUUUUGAGGUUAGUUUUUAUAAUACAUACAUAUGUAUAUUGAAAAUGAGGUUAGGUUUUUUAUAUAUAUUUUCUUGUUUUU